AUGAGCCAGCGACAUCUGUUUGGGGGAGAGUCAACACAGGCGCCGGCUCUCCCGGGUCGUGAGCCAGAAGAACUCCGGCGUGUCGAAGACGAGGCGAGGCGAGCAAUUGAGGAGAGUCACAGGCUGGAAGAGGAGAGGCGGGUGAAGGAGAAGGCCGUCCGAGAGGCAGAGGAAGCGUGUCGAAGGGCGGAAGAAGACCGCCAGCAGAUGGAACGCAUGCGCGAUGAGGCCGAGCACGCGCGCGAGGCAGCGGAGGCCGCAGCAGCAGAGGCGCGGGCUCAACAGGAGACCGCGGAACGGCUGUUGCGCGAAGGUGCGCGACCCGUCGUCGUCCCGACCGUCGAGCAGUUCCGCGACGCGAAGCAGCGCCUGGAGUACCAGGAGGGCUACACGCAUAUAGCGGUCACAGGUGUGGCGGGAAGCGGCAAGUCCUCCUUGAUCAACGCCCUUCGCGGCCUCAACAACGGCGAGCGAAGCGCGGCGCCCACUGGGAUUGUCGAGACGACGAGCACCAUCGCACACUACCCGGACCCAGACCCGAAGAAGCGCGUCGUAUGGUACGACGUCCCCGGUGCGGGCACGCUCACGGUCCCUGACUGGGUCUACUUCACGGACCAGGGGCUAUACGUGCUCGACUGCAUCCUGGUCCUCUUCGACUCGCGCUUCACGGCGACGGACGUCGCGAUCCUGCGGAACUGCGAACGGUUCCGCAUACCCGCGUUCGUCGUGCGCUCAAAGGCGCGCCAACACGUCCGCAACCUCGUAGUGGACAUGGGCGACAACGACAGUGAUUCCGAGACGGAGGAUGGCCAACAGGCGACGGCGGCGGUCCUUGAACGUGCCACCGAGCGGUACGUGGAGGAGUCGCGGACGAGCGUUGCGCGUAACUUGAAGUUGGCGGAGCUGCCGGAACAGCGGGUCUACCUGGUGGACAAGGAGGUGGUGAGACUGCUGGCGAAAGGGCGGCCCUCGGGGAGCAGUCUCGAUGAGCGCGAUCUCUUACGAGACUUGGCCAAGGCAACACCCCCGAGGGGCUCUGAUGUGACGGAUUCGAUGAAAGACAGUCCACUGGCAGACGUAAGGUAA